UGAACGGUCCCUUUGUCUUUUCAACCAACCGGAUAUAUUGCAGUCUUGCUGUUUAUUUUUGUCAUACGUUAUCAUGUCGUUUUCGGAAAAGCCAUCCAAUCCAAAUAACCCGAUAGUUUUCUUUGAUAUAAAGAUUGGAACUGUGGAAGCUGGGCGUAUGAAAUUUGAAUUAUUUGCAGACACAGUAGCAAAGUCUGCAGAGAAUUUCAGACAAUUCUGCACUGGUGAACACAGACGAGAUGGGGUACCAAUAGGGUAUAAAGGAGCUGUAUUUCACAGAGUUAUAAAAGAUUUCAUGGUACAAGGUGGUGAUUUUGUUAAGGGUGAUGGAACUGGUAUGACUAGUAUAUAUGGAGGACCCUUUGCAGAUGAAAAUUUUAAAAUAAAACAUACUGGUCCAGGUAUUUUGAGUAUGGCUAACAGUGGAAAAGACACAAAUGGAUGUCAGUUUUUUAUUACUUGUGCUAAAUGUGAUUUCCUUGAUAAUAAACAUGUAGUAUUUGGAAAAAUUAUAGAUGGACAUCUUGUGUUAAGAAAAAUAGAAAAUGUUCCAACAGGGCCUAAUAACAAACCUAAAAUACCGGUGACUAUUUCACAAUGUGGAGAAAUGUGAUGUGACAUAAAUGUUUUGUGCAUUCUCACGUUUUUAAAUUUCAUGGAAAGUGACAAUACAAUAUAGUGAACUUAUCUGACACAUAAAGAAAAAUGAUUUAACAUGCAAUGAUUUUCAUAUACAAGAUGUAGAUGAAAGAAAUAUCAACCAGUGAUUGUUUGAAAUUGAAUAUAUUUGAGAAGCCUGCCUGCUGUUAGAUUCUUGUGGCAUGUAAACUAACUCAAUUUCAAUACUGAUCAUUCGUGAUUGCCAAAAAAUGGUAAAAACACAAGCCCUGAUAUAUUGUGUAGAGAGAGACUGAUAUUUUCAAGGAAAAUAAAACAAAAUACAUAAAUA